AUGAUACUAGUACCUUACAGCCGAUUGCUCACUUGCCGAACCCUGAUAUUCACUCGACAUGCUUCACUCGCUACUCAACAAGUUGCAGACCCCAUUCAGCGUGCGUUUGUUGAAAAACUGCGCGAAUAUCAGGGAAAGUCCAAAACUGCUGAAAUGGGUCUUGUUGGGGCAUCACAAGCCCAAAUCAAAUCCCUGAAAGACAGCCUAGAAAAACUUGACAAUGUCUUUAAUGCCAAAGGUGUUGACAUGACUCAGUUUCCUGUCCUGCAGUACAAAGAACCCGAACUUGUUAAUCCGGGUUCUUCCAUCGUUGUUGAGUAUCCUCCUGCUGAACCCCUUCAGGACGUAGAAAAAAUAGAGCGAAUGGAUGGCAUUCUGACGAAAGGUCCAAUCGUCUUUUAA